ACAUUUGACUUUGACAUUUGUCUACAUGAGUGGAUACUGUUUGUUUAUGUACAUGCAAGUUUAAAAUUUACAUUUAUAUUACAAUGAUGUCGCUCACAGAGGACAAUAAAAAAGAUAUAGUGAAAUGCCUCAAGGAAUUAGGUUGUUGUUCCAGGUGUAUUGUACGAUUCCUGGGAAUCAAAUGUUCAUCAAGUAAUAAUAUUCAAGACACCUUUUUAGGAUCUGAAGACUUCAUAAAGAAUCUUGAGGAAAACAGUCAUGAGGAUCUCAUACCAAAUGUUAAAAGGGUGAAGACUAACCCAUGUAGAGUAUGCCUAGAUAUUCUGGAAAAUCGAAGUAUUGAAAAUUUCCUGGCCAACAUGACUUCAGAAGAUAUUGAUAAAUUCAAAUACAAUGAUUAUCAGCUGAUCAUAUCUUUACCAAAAUCAAUGUUCCUUAGAGACCAUAGUAUGUUUUUAUACCUGAAAGAGAAGUUUCCUAGUAUCUACACAAAUCUGUAUGAUUUGGAAAAUGUUAAACGAAUUUUCAAAGCAGUAUCUAGUGACUUGUUUGGUAUCAAAAUGUCCAGAAAAUAUAAUCCUUCCUCCAACUUUCUAGUUAAUAUUCAUAUCCAAUAUGAAGAUGACGAAAAGGAAAUGGAAGGACUACAGAAAUUAGAAUCAUCAAAAAAUAUUAGCAAAACUUCUAUUGGUGAUGUCUUGAGUAAAUGUACAGACGAAGCAUUCAAAUCUCAUUAUCCUGUACCUCCAGAAAUACCGAACAAGUUGACAUUUGCAAAUUUCACAUUUAGCUCUGAACCUUUGUUUCUAGGAGGUAGAUAUUUAAAAUUUUCGAGGGACAUGGGACAAUCACCAUGGAUCAUAAACAAUAAACCAAUGACUAAAUACUGUCUAAUGGAUAUAAUAUUUGACAGUAUUGAAAAAGUUUUAGGGUUCGACAAAAACAAAAUGACAUUUUCUGCCAGUGGCCGAGAAGAUGCUGACACAAGAAUGUUAGGUAAUGGUAGACCUUUUUACAUCCAAGUGGUGAAUCCAUUAACUGAUGAUAUAUCGUUUGAACGCUUUCGCGAGAUAGAAGCUGACAUUCUGAAAUCUGAGGUUGCAGCUGUGUUGAAAUUACAAACAGUGAGUCGCCUUGCAGUUAAAAAAGUUAAAGAUGGCGAAGAAUUCAAAAAGAAACAUUAUUCUGUUCUUUGUAAAACAACAGUUCCAGAUAUGGAAUGUGCUAUUAAAACAAUCAAUAAGUUUGGCCAAGAAGUUCUUGAAAUCGACCAGAAGACCCCUUUGAGAGUUUUGCACAGAAGAACAUUAGCUACCAGAAAAAAACUUAUAUAUUCGAUGACAGCUGCAUCAGUUCCAGGAAACUCAGAUCUCUUCUAUUUGGAACUUGUUACACAGGCGGGUACUUAUGUAAAGGAAUUUGUCCAUAGCGACUUUCACAGGACCCAACCUAGUUUGACUCAUUUAAUUGGAAACCAAGUAGAUGUAGUCGCUUUGGAUGUCAUUAAAGUUGAGCUAGAAUGGCCGUAGAAAAGUGUAUUUUUCUAAUGUUGUAAAUAAAAGUCUUUUAUAUAUA